AUGAACGAUCGCGUUCGUAUGGAUCGACGAUUCGACUGGGUAGGUCCACCUGAUCGUACCUCCAAGAUUAGACCUAUAAAGCUGAGACGUGUGGACAACGAGACGCCUCUUGAGACUAAUUAUCGUGAGGCCAGAGAAGAACUUAACAAGUGGAACUCAGAAUUCUGGGCUAAUCAUAACACAAUAUUCGAGAAAAAAAAAUUGGAAUUUGUAGAAAAACGCAAGAAUGAGAUUAGCAAGAUAGAGCAUGUAACAGCGAAUGAUAUGUCAGUGUUCUACAAAAAAUUCCUGGAUGAAAGACAUAAUGCUCUCAUGGAGUAUAAUAAACAAUGGUAUACGCGCAACUUAGCCUUGAUAUGGCCUGCGUUGAAAGUCAACCUUGUUCGGUUCCGAAGAAUUCUACUGAGAAAAUAA